CCUAAUUCUAUAAGUCUAAGAUUGAUAAUUAUUGUUCACCAGCUUAGCCAACGCGAAGGAUUCCGUAAAAGUUGGUCGACGUCGUGCACGGUAUUCAGAACGGCUACAGUGGUUCUACUGUCCGGGUAGUUUUAACUUUAACCUAAAAAUAUUUGUCAAUGUAUGUAAAUUUUGUUUGACAAUUCGAUAUUAAUUAUUAUUCAAUAAUAUUAUAAUUAUUACAUCCUAUAUUAGUAUAAUAUUUAAUAUAUGUUGCAUUAUAUAUAAAUUACAAAUAAUUGCGGUCGGUUCCUGAAACGCAUAGGAGGGCACUCCGUACUCCGUAAUCUACCGCCGCGGUUCGAAUAUGGUGCGUCUGUUAUCGGCACCAUUCAAUCGCGUAACGAUUUCGUACGGAUUCACGUAAACAUGUCGUAGUGGACGACGCGCUCGGGGCGAAUCUGACCGAUACAGCUCCAUCGUAGUAUCCGCCCGCCGCCUCGCGUCGACAUCCGAGCACCCUCAGACAGAAAACGGACAACGACACCCCCACAAACGAUGGUGUCUACCGUCCGUCUGUGUACUCGUCUAUGCACUUGAUUCUGGCGAUGGAGCUGUAGCGCACCCACAGGCCCUCUCUCUCUCCUCAACCCCUAAACCCCGAGACCCCGGCAAGAUCCCCCCGCGGCCUGGACACCAAAUCCGCUGCCGGCGGCGGCGGUGGCGGCGUCGUCAUGUCGUUCGACUUCGAGGAGAUCACCUCGUUACGCAACGAGCUGCAGAACGUCAGGGAAGUGAUGCGCUUGACCAAGUGCAAUAUCCACGCACUGAACGGCACGUUCGCUACGUUCGAUCAUCCGCCGCCCAUCUAUUUGACCGAGUACCGAGAGCUCACUGUCAAGCUGCAUGAGCUGGAGGCCAAAGAGCAGGAGCUUCUUGACCAGGUCGACCAUCCCAGAGAACACCGAAAAACCCGGGGUGACAAGCCGUCCACGCCAUUCGUUCGCACCAUCCGUGCUUAUUUACCUAAUAAACAGCGUACCACUAUUGAGGUGAAGCAUGGCGAAACUCUACACAUGGCUCUGGAGAAGCGUUUGCAACACAGGAAGAUCCCAUUAAACGCCUGUGUUGUCUACCGUAACGGCACUGACCAUCAGAUACCGUGGGAUACUCAAACGUCCACUAUUGAAUAUGAAGAGAUACAAGUGAAAAUGUGUUGGCUACCCAUUCAAGCAUCAUUUACACAUGAUUUUUCCAAGCGUACAUCAUUUACAACUUGUGAUCAUUGUCGUCAACUACUUUUCCAGGGUUAUCACUGUCGUUCGUGCGGGUUCAAAUUUCAUGAACGGUGUUCCAUGGGAGUGCCUGUACUGUGUAUUCCAACUAGAGAUUUGAGUAGUGGAAACGGGGGAAAUCACACUAUUUACCAAAACUCUGCCGGUAUACUACAACUAACAUCCGAUUAUCAAUCAUCAAGACGUCGAGUGCUUGGUCAUGGCGAAAGAUCAAGUUCAGAACCUAAUGUUUGUCGUAAUAUGGUAAACAUGAAUUGGGACGAUUUGGCUGAAUUGAAGCGAAGAUCACAAGCACCAUCUGGUGUACCUCAUGGUUUCUUGCCUCACAGCCAGAGCGCCCAAGCUUCUCCUACCAAUGUACUGAGGCCUAGACCUAGAGCCAAAAGUGCAGAUGAAAGUGCUACCAAGAAGUUGCUUCGUGACACAGGUCCUCAAGAAUCGUUAGAAGAUUGGGAAAUACCAGAAACGGAUAUUCAAAUGGGUGAUUGUAUUGGAUCAGGGUCAUUUGGUACUGUUUAUAAGGCUAAUUGGCAUGGUCCAGUUGCAAUUAAAGCACUCAAAGUGAAACAACCGACUGCGGCACAAUUGCAAGCAUUUAAAAAUGAAGUAUCCGUAUUAAAAAAAACUAGGCACGUAAAUGUUUUACUGUUUAUGGGCGUUAUACGAAAACCAAAUUUGGCUAUAGUCACACAAUGGUGUGAAGGAUCAAGUCUAUAUCGCUGUUUACAUGUAUUGGAAAAAAAAUUUGAGGCAAUGCAAUUGAUAUCGAUUACUGGCCAAACUGCAAUUGGUAUGAAUUAUCUCCAUUCUAAAAGCAUUAUACACAGGGAUCUGAAAAGCAACAAUAUAUUUUUCAACGAUUCUGUUGUGAAAAUUGGUGAUUUUGGUUUGGCUACCAUCAAAUCAAAAUGGUCCGGUGGUCAACAAUACCAUCAACCAUCUGGAUCAAUAUUAUGGAUGGCACCUGAAGUAAUUCGGAUGCAAGUAGACAACCCAUACAGUUUUCAGUCAGAUGUAUACGCUUAUGGCAUUGUGCUGUAUGAAUUACUCUCGGGUCAGCUGCCUUACACAGAAAUCAAUAAUAAAGAUCAGAUAAUUUUUAUGGUAGGCAGGGGCUACUUACGACCUGAUUUGAAAAAAGUCAGGUCAGACACACCAGCUGAGCUGCGCAAAUUGAUGGAAAACUGUAUCAAAUUUGAUAGAGAAGACAGGCCCAAAUUCAAAGAUGUUGCUAUAUCCAUACAAAGCAUUAUACACGCUAUGCCAAAACUGCAACGGACAACAUCUGAACCUACAUUAUCCCGGUCUAAUUGGAGCGAUGACUAUUUGUACCCGUCCGAAGCGAAUAACUAUAGAGGAGCUGCAGGCUUUAUCUAAAGUUAUUGGAUUGUA